AUGAACCGAUCUGUCUUAAUAGAUUUAAAAUCUGUCGCAGAACGUUCAUAUCUAUCUAUCUAUCUAUCUAUCUAUCUAUCUAUCCAAAUUCAUAAAGAUUCCAGAAAACCUACCGGAUUCGCGGGCCAAAUACCUGGCAAUGGCCAUGGUCUCAGGCAUCCUCAUGCCACCCCAGGUCUGUUCAUUUUCUAUCUAUCUAUCUAUCUAUCUAUCUAUCUAUCUAUCUAUCUAUCUAUCUAUCUAUCAGCCAGGUCUGUUCAUUUCUAUCUAUCUAUCUAUCUAUCUAUCUAUCUAUCUAUCUAUCUAUCUAUCUAUCAGGUCUGUUUAUCCUUAUAUGUAUCUAUCUAUCUAUCUAUCUAUCUAUCUAUCUAUCUAUCUAUCUAUCUAUCCUGGUCUAUUCAGUUUCUAUCUAUCUAUCUAUCUAUCUAUCUAUCUAUCUAUAUCUAUCUAUCUAUCUAUCUAGCCAGGUCUGUUCAUUUUCUUCUAUCUAUCUAUCUAUCUAUCUAUCUAUCUAUCUAUCUAUCUAGCCAGGAAUGUUCAUUUAAAUCUAUCUAUCUAUCUAUCUAUCUAUCUAUCUAUCUAUCUAUCUCAGCCAUGUUAUAUUCAUUUUCUAUCUAUCUAUCUAUCUAUCUAUCUAUAUCUAUCUAUCUAUCUAUCUAUCUAGCCAGUUCUCUUCAUUUCUAUUUAUCUAUCUAUCUAUCUAUCUAUCUAUCUAUCUAUCUAUCUAUCUAUCUAUCUAUCAUCUAUUCAUUUUUCAUCUAUCUAUCUAUCAUUAUCUAUCAUAAAAUCUAUCUUUAUCUAAUCUAUCUGUCUGUUCAUUAUCUAUCUAUAUCCAUUCAAUCAAUAUCUAUCUAUCUCCAUCUAGCCAGGUCUGUUCAUUUUCUAUCUAAAAUAUCUAUCUAUCUAUCUAUCUAUCCAUCUAUUAUCUAUCUAUCUAUCUCAUUUGGACAUUCAUCUAUCUAUCUAUCUAUCUAUCUAUCUAUCUAUCUAUCUAUCUAUUAUCUAGGGGUAUUAAUUAAAUCUAUCUAUAAAAUUAUCUAUCUAUCUAUCUAUCUAUCAAAUUUGGUUCAUGAAAAAAUCUAUCUAUUUAUCUAUCUAUCUAUCCAUCUAUCAUCUAUCUUUUCUAUCCAGGUUUGUUAUUUUCUAUCUAUCUAUCUAUUCUAUCUAUCUAUCUAUUUUAUAUCUGAAUCUAUCUAUCCAGCCAUCUAUUUCUAUUUUUAUCUUUCUAUCUAUCUUCUAUCUAUCUAUCUAUCUUUGAAUCUUUCUAUCUUCAUUUUCUAUCUAUCUAAAUAUCUAUCUAUCUAUCUAUCUAUCUUUUUCAUUUUUAAAUCUAUCUAUCCAUCUAUCUAUCUAUCUAUCAUCUAUCUAUCUAUCUUCUUCUUUUCUUUUCUUUUUAUCUAUCUAUCUAUUAUACGAGAAUAUUUCUCCUGUUCAUAUCUGUUUAUCUAUCUAUCGAUCUAUCUAUCGAGCUCUGCAAGAUUAUUUGUAUCUGUGCCAGUCUGUUCAUAUCUAUCUAUCUAUCUAUCUAUCUAUCUAAGGAUCUAUCUAUCUAUCUAUCUAUCUAUCUAUCAACUAAGACUUUAUAUCUAUCUAUCUAUCUAUCUAUCUAUCUAUCUCAUACGCGAAGCUGGACGGUGUCGUAAACAGGGCGGAGGCAGAACAGGAUCGCGCCGACUUCACAGGGCGGAACUGGGAGAGAGGGAUCGCGCCAAGGGCGGAUCACCAGGCGAAGGCCGGAGUCCCUAA